AUGCUGGCCACCUCAGCAAACCCUGUUCAUCGCUUGUAUCGCACCGACGUUCCGAGAAGCAUCAGAAGCAAUAUUAAGGAGCUGAGUGCUCACGAAAAUCGGAUCAUUCAACUGCAGAAAACCAUCAUCGAACUAGAAGCACAGAUACGAGUCGCGAAUGCCGACUUUGCUCGGAACCAAACCUUGCCACAGUGCGUCGCAAAGAUCAACCGACUCCCUGCAGAGAUUCUCAUUUUUAUCUUUGAACUCGCCUUGAAAGGCUGUCACCCCGACAUCAGUCGACUCCUUCGAGUCUCGCGUCGCUGGUAUAAUCUCAUUCUCGACACCCCUUUCCUUUGGGCACGCAUCGAACUGAUCACGCGAGAGGGAGUAGACGGCGAAAUCACCUUGCCGGACGAGAGCUACGUCCAAGCCUGUCACAUUCGCUCAGCAAACGCUCCUCUUCGUAUCUUUCUUGAUUACCGCAAGUUUCCGAAUCCAUAUUUGUCAGUGGAGCAACAAAUGGAUCGAUUGCUUCGGUUACUUCGCGCAGAAGAUGCAGACGUGUCGCUCGUGACAGAGCUCUGGGAAAAGAGGCGAUUGCACGACGAUUAUUUCGAUGAAGAGGAAUAUUAUCCCACGAUCACGUCUCUCGCUUACUCUAAGCUGUUCGACCGUGCACGAGCACUUGCCAAGGAGCUCGCAGCUGAUCGUGGUGAACAUAUGAAACGAUGGGUAGAGGUUAGCUGUGUUGCUGCCUUGGUCCCAGAAUACGAGUGCGGAUAUAUGUGGUGUGAGUGUAUUGACUCCGAAAGUCAACUGUUUGAACCUCUCUGGUGGCCAACGCCUCGCUUGGUCAAACUUCAUCUCGAUGGGGAAGUGGAGCUUCCAUUUCUCAAUGAUUAUGAAGAUGAAGAUGAAGAUGAAGAGAUGCAACUGGAGGAGCUAGAUAUUCAGACCGACUAUCUUGAGAUGAUCCCGACCAAAAACCUCUUGGAUACCCUGGAGCGACUUUACGUUCGCGAGAUCAACUAUACUUUUGAUUUGAUGCAACUUGGGCGCCUCAGGCAUCUCAAAGAGCUAACUCUCAGCUCGUUCACUUGCUACAAUCAACCCGACUCUGCCACCGUCUGCACUCUCUCGUUCCCUCGUCUCAAGAAACUGGCUCUCUUUCACGUUGGACACUUGAUGGACUCACUUCGCAUCCAAUAUCCAAAUUUGGACGAGGUAUAUGUGCGGACAUCGAGUGAAAUGCCUCUGCUCCUCAUCCCAACUCAGUUACUCAUAUGGGAAUACACUAAGAAUCGACCAGACGACAAAGGUGAAGCGUUGCCAGAUGCCAAAGAUGCCAGAGAUGCCAAAGGAGUUUGGAGGACGUUGGAUUCGGCGUUUGUGUGGCUUGGUCAGGCCCGUGGAUUGGUCGUCUAUGGGGUGUCUGAGCAGGACCUUUCUUCCUACCUCGAAGGCAGAGAUAUUCCCCAAACUCUCCACGUCGUGCAAACCAAACGCUGUGACGGAAGCUUCAAAAACUUGUUCUCAAAGCUCUCUUCAGAUUAG